AUGGCCGACGCUCAACCCAACUUACCAAUCUUCCAAUCGGCGGCAGUCCUACAAGCUAUUCAAGCACAAUUAGGCAACUUAAUCGGCAAGAGCAGUGGAUACGUCGAAUCUAUGCCAGUGGAAGUCCAAAGACGUAUCAAGGCCCUAGAAAACUUGAACGACAAGCACAGUGAAAUCGAAGCUCGUUUCCGUAAAGAAGUACUUGAAUUGGAAAAAAAGUAUGCAAAGCUGCAUGAACCACUUUAUGAAAAGAGAGCUACCAUCGUUACUGGCGACUAUGAGCCUAACGAGGAAGAAGCUACUCGUGAAGAUGAAGACGAUGAAAAUGAUGAAGACGAAGACGACGAAGAAGACAAAGAAGCUAAAGCAGCUGCAAAAGCCGAGACUGAAGCUAAAGGACCAGUCAAAGGAAUUCCUGAAUUCUGGUUGACUGCCUUCAAAAACAACCAAGAAGUCGAUUCUCUCAUUGUUGGCGAAAAGGAUGACGAUGCUCUCAAGUACUUGGUCAAUGUUAAGAACAUUUACUUGGAAGACAACCCAGGAUUCCGUCUCGAGUUUGUCUUUAGUGAAAACCCAUACUUUACUGAUACUACCUUGACCAAGACAUACUUCUUGGCCUUGUCACCAGACCCAUCAGACAGUGAAGUGGUCUAUGAUCACGCUGAAGGUUCCGAAAUCCACUGGAAGGAAGGAAAAGAUCUCACCGUAAAGACUGAAAUCAAAAAGCAACGAAACAAGAACACCAACAAGACUCGUACUGUAAAAAGAACUGUACCUACCGACACCUUCUUCAACUUCUUCAAACCACCUCAAGCUCCUGAAGAUGCUGAAGAAAUGGAUGAAGAGGAUUUGCGAGAAUUAGGUCCCAGAAUUGAAGCUGAUUAUGAGGUUGGAGAAACCAUCAAGGAACAAAUCAUUACACGUGCUAUUGAUUGGUUUACUGGAAAGGCCUUGGAAUAUGAUGGUGAAGACGAUGAAGACUUUGAUGACGAAGAAGGUGGCUUCGAUGACCAAGAUGAUGACGAAGACGAUGAUGAAGAUGACGAUGAUGAGGAUGAUGCACCGCCUGCUAAAAUGGGCAAAUCAAACAAAAUGAAAUCAUUCAAGCAUUAA